CAUGAAUAUUGUGGGAAAGUGAAGUUGUUUCCUUCUCCUUCCCGCUUUGGAAACAGAGUCGAUUCAUUCCUACCCUUCAUUCACCGUCAAAUCAUGUUUCGCUCUCUGCUACGCCCAUCAGCUGCUGUCUUCAGGACUAUUCCUGCCUCACACAGUGUAAUCUUACGCCAUGCCACAACGACUGCCACACCCACAAUCAAACCCAAUAUUAAGCUCAUUGCAGAGAUUCGCAAAACAAUUGAGGGUGUUUCCAUGAUGAAGGCCAAGGAAGCUCUCAUUCAAUCGGACAACAAUCUCGAGAAGGCUCUUGAGUGGGUUCGUGAGGAUGAGGCCAAGUCAGGUAUUAAGAAAGCUGAGAAGCUUAAGGAUCGUCAGGCUCUUGAAGGUCUUAUUGGUGUUGUUGUGGGCGAAGUCGGAGAGCACGGAAACCGGGGUGCCAUUGUGGAGGUCAACUGUGAGACCGAUUUCGUCUCAAGGAAUGAUCUUUUCAAAGGACUGGUGAGCCAGAUUGCUUCUACUGCUCUUUUUGUCGUUGAUGGAUCACCUGCUAUUGGAUCAGGAACGGGUGAUCAGAAGGGGCUCAUGCAGGAGGUCCCUGUUUCAGACUUGCUGCAGGCACCCAUUCUUCCUGAUCCAGCAGCAGCAACGACGAAUGCUCAAGCACAACAGCAGGAGCUCAUUACCGUCCAGGAAUCUAUUACAAAAAUGAUUGCAAAGUUGAGCGAAAACAUUUCAUUACGUCGUUGUGCAGUCGUCAACAUCCCUGAAAAUCAGCGCGGAUUGGUCUUGACUGGAGGUGCAACACAUGGAGGCGAAAACCAUCCGAUCACUGGAAAGCUGGGAGCCAUUUCUGUCUUGACAUUAGUCUCAAAGCAAGGUGCUUCCAAGAAAGUCGUCCCCUCGAUAGCCGUUACUACUUUAUCAAGGCAGUUGACACGUCAUUUGAUUGCUUCUCCAUCACUCACCAUCUAUCAAGAAGACUGCAAGAUCCCAUUGGAAAUCUCCAACGGGGGACAUGCUCCUCCUGAAGAGGUCGAUGCAUGGUUGGAUGAGAGAGUCUUGAUGCGUCAGCCAUUUGUCUUUGGAGGUGGAAAAGUUGAGCAGGUGAUUUCAAAGAUUGCCAAAGAGGAGGGUCUGAGGAUUAAAGUGGUUGAUGCUGUGCGAUGGGAAAGAGGUGAAGGUAUGGUCAAAGCCGAGGCUGCAGACUUUGCAGAAGAAGUUAGACAUCAACUUGAGAAAAAGUAGUCAUAAAAUAGAAGCAUUUUCUUGUGCAACAAUAUAAAAUAAUUGGAUGACAAAGAGUCUGAUUU